UGCGUCUCGGCCUCUAUGGUAACCUUCUGUUUGCUCACAGGUUUUGUCUCUCUCUCUCUCUCUCUCUCUCUGUCUCUGUCUCUCUCUCUUUCUUGCUCGCUCGCUGUCCUCCCUAGCUUUGUAGCUAGUAGUAGUUUUGUCUCAUUUUCUCAAAAAGACAUUGUUACUCUCACUCGCUUGCUGAAGAUCUAUCUAUUGCUUUUCCCUGUGUCUUCUUUCGCUUGUUUCUGUCUUUCACACCGAGUCUGCUCUCGUCUCGUCAGUGCUAAAGUUAAAAAUCCUCUCUGGAAGAUCACCUAGGUUUCAUGGAUCUGUUAAUUCACCGGCAUUGUUCCUCUAGAACCAGGAUUUCAUGACCACAUGCUUUUUUCCAGUCACUCUGUGGUCGUUAGCGUCAUGCAAUUGUUCGGCUUGGAGGCUGAGGGGUAUGAAGGGUUGGUACGAUGGAAUGGGUUUUCUGGGGACUUCUUGGGCUGUCUUAUCUACCCGUUCGUCGCAUUUGAAUUUAAGCUCUUGGGUUUCCUCUGAUAUGACUUUGAUUUGGGGGGAAGGAAGAUGCUGUUACUGAUGAUGCUUCUUCUUCCUCUGUUCAAUUUGGUUCCCUCUGUUUCUGGGUAUCCAAUACUACAUAUAAACUUGUCACCUUCCGUGCUGCCAAACCAUCCACUGUCUAUGAGAAAAAUAUCAGAGGAGCAUGGAAGAGAAUAUUCAACUGACAACUCAGGCUUAUUCUUGUUUUUCGAAGGGCGAUCCUCCUUGCAUACACAGACAGUAAUACGAGCUAUUCAAGCAAGAUUAUUGCCAUCAAACUUGGAAUAUGCUUUAUCGAAACCACCCGAACUAUGGAGAGUUGAACGCUCUUUUGGACCAUCAUCUUCGCCUGCUCCUGCUCCGACAUAUAGAGGCCCUGUUACCAGUCCUAGCAGUAGUCAGUCAUUGAGACCUCAUCAUCACCAUCAUCAUCGUCAUCAUCAUCGGAAGAGAGCUAUUGCUGUCUCACCAUCCCCAUCUACUGUUUCAGCAGGUUGUGAUCAAAUCACUUGUGGGCAGCCACUUACUUCAACUCCGUUUGGUUCACCUUGUGGCUGUGUAUUACCUAUGAAAGUUGAACUUCGUCUUGGUGUAACUCCAAUCGAAUUCUUUCCCCUUGUUUUAGAGCUAGAGAUUGAGGUUGCGGCAGGCACAUAUCUGAAACAAAGUCAAGUGAAGAUAAUGGGUGCUAGUGCCGAUGUUCAAGAUCAAGGGAAAACAGUGGUAGACAUUAACUUGGUCCCACUAGGAGAGAAGUUUGAUAACACUACUGCUGCACUAAAUUAUGGCAGAUUUUGGCAAAAGAAAUUGCCAAUAAAUGCAACUCUUUUUGGUGAUUAUGAAGUGAUAUACAUCAAAUAUCCUGGGCUUCCCUCUUCACCACCGUUGGAGGACUCCCACGGUCCUGUUGGAAGUGGAGGUCAUAAAAACCCUAUCAUGGCUGAUAUUCAUAGCAAGAGUCUGAGCAUGAAUGCUAGAACCAUUGCCAUUAUUGCUUUGUCUGCAUUUGUGCUCUUCUUGGUAAGCCUUGGCAUGGUUUCCUUCCUCUUAAAAUGCAAGAGAGCUGGAAGGACAUCAACAUCUGCUGGGCCUGCAACAAUAUCCUCCAUUACUAAAAGAUCUGGCAUCAGGUCCAUUUUAUCUAGUAGUAUGGUAAGCUCAACAUCAGUAUCCCUUGUUUCCACCAUGGCUACUUUCCUACUCUCUGUGGAGACAUUCAGUCUUGCUGAUCUUGAGAAGGCCACAGAGAAGUUCAGUUCUAAGAGAAUCUUGGGGGAAGGGGGAUUUGGACGUGUUUACCAUGGGAUCAUGGAAGAUGGAACUGAAGUUGCAGUUAAGUUGCUCACAAGGGGUAGCCAGAAUGGAGACCGUGAGUUCAUUGCAGAAACUGAGAUGCUAAGUCGAUUGCAUCACCGUAACCUUGUCAAACUGAUUGGUGUAUGCAUUGAAGAACACACCCGAUGCUUGGUAUACGAGCUUGUUCCUAAUGGGAGUGUUGAGUCCCAUUUGCACGGUGCUGACAAGAUAAAAGGUCCUCUUGACUGGGAUGCUCGGAUGAAGAUUGCCAUUGGUGCAGCUAGAGGUCUGGCAUAUCUUCACGAGGAUUCUAAUCCUCGUGUCAUUCACCGGGAUUUUAAGGCCAGUAAUGUUCUCUUGGAAGAUGACUUCACCCCUAAGGUCUCAGAUUUUGGUAUGGCAAGGGAAGCAACUGAAGGAAGUCAACAUAUUUCCACUCGGGUUAUGGGAACUUUUGGGUAUGUUGCUCCUGAAUAUGCAAUGACAGGGCAUUUACUUGUCAAGAGUGAUGUCUAUAGUUAUGGGGUUGUGCUCCUGGAGCUUCUUUCAGGAAGAAAACCUGUAGACAUGUCUCAACCUCAGGGACAGGAGAACCUUGUGACAUGGGCCCGGCCACUACUGGCUAGUAGAGAAGGCCUAGAGCAGUUGGUGGAUCCUUGCUUGCAUGGAAACUAUGACUUCAAUGAUAUGGCAAAGGUGGCAGCAAUAGCUUCAAUUUGUGUACAUCCAGAGGUGGCUCAGAGGCCUUUCAUGGGUGAAGUUGUUCAGGCACUGAAGCUCAUCUACAAGGACAAUGAUGAGAUCUGUGUGGAUUGCUGUAGUCUGAAGGAGUCGUCUGGUCCUGAAUGUGAGAAGGGAGACCUGGGCCCUUCUGAUAGCAAUUGGUGGAAUGCAGGUGGAAUUACUCCUCACUUGACAUACGGCUAUGCUUCUUCCUUCAUAACAAUGGAAUACAGUUCAGGUUCACUUGAAGAGAUAGAGAACAGACCACUUUCAACUUCUAGUUUCGUGGGGGAAGGAGGGCCAUUAUCAAUAAGACACAGCAACAGAUCAGGGCCCCUAAGAACAGUCCGCAGCAAACCAGCCUUCUAUAGGUUGAGGAGGGGGAGUAUUAGUGAGCAUGGGGGACUUCUUUCAAGGCGUGUCGGGAGUGACGGGUAUUGGGUUUGAGUCGUCUUUCUAUACUAUUUUCCAGUGUACAGUUCAAAUGGAGCCGGUUUUUCCACCGGUGCUUGAUUAAUGUAUUGCAACAGGUAUUGUUGGUUUCCCUGUUCAUAGGGGAAAGGGGAGCCAUGUCUUCUAAAUUUAGAAAUCUUGAUUCAUUACUGCAAAUGUUAGAAAUGUAAUUUAAACAUUCCCUGUAUUAUAUGUCAGUUGAGUGUUGAAGUGAAGCUGAUUGUUUUCUUUA